GCUGCUCUCUCUUGUCUUUGACUGGGGACCAUCAAGAGAGGAGGAGGAUAGCAGCAGCUACUGCUGUUACUCAGCCUUGACAUACACAUCUCAAUGAACUGCUCACAAAGAAGCCACUGAUCGUGCCUACUGCUUUGUGCAGGGCGGAGAUACAGAUCGGUGUAUCUUCAACUUGCAUCCGUUUUUUUAAACUUCAUGAGAUUAUUUUUUCAUAGACUCUUUUUGUAACUUCCUGGCGAAGCCUGUCUCUAUUUCCACCAUGGUGCUAGGAAAAGUAAAGAGUUUCACUGUAAGCUACGACUGUCACAAUGACAGCAACGUCCCCGUCUUCUCCAGCGGGGACUGUGUCUCAGGUAGAGUGACCAUCGAAGUGACGGGAGAGAUCCGAGUCAAGUCUCUCAAAAUCCACGCGAAGGGGUUUGCAAAAGUUCGCUGGACUGAGUCGAGAAACGCUGGCUCCAACACUGCCUACACGCAAAACUACACAGAAGAAGUGGAAUAUCUAAAUCACAAAGACAUCUUAAUUGGACACGAAAGAGACGAUGACAACUCAGAGGAAGCACUCACCACUAUCCAUUCAGGAAGGCAUGAGUAUGCGUUCAGUCUCGAGCUUCCACAGACACCUCUGGCUACCUCUUUCGAAGGGAAGCAUGGCAGCGUGCGCUACUGGGUAAAGGCAGAACUUCACAGACCUUGGCUCCUGCCGAUGAAGACCAAGAAGGAAUUUACAGUCUUUGAGCACAUUGACAUCAACACUCCACUAUUGCUGUCACCACAGGCCGGCACAAAGGACAAGACGCUUUGCUGUUGGUUCUGCACCUCAGGUCCUAUUUCCCUAAGUGCCAAGAUUGAAAGGAAGGGAUACACCCCAGGAGAGUCAAUCCAGAUCUUUGCUGAGAUUGAGAACUGCUCAUCCCGCAUAGUGGUGCCAAAGGCAGCCAUCUACCAGACCCAGACCUUCUAUGCCAAAGGGAAGAUAAAGGAGGUCAAGCAGCUGGUGGCUAACCUGCGGGGAGAGUCUUUGUCCUCAGGCAAAACAGAGACUUGGAAUGGCAAGAUGCUGAAGAUCCCACCUGUGUCCCCAUCCAUCCUGGACUGCAGCAUCAUUAGAGUGGAGUAUUCACUCAUGGUAUAUGUGGAUAUACCUGGGGCUAUUAAUCUGUCUCUGACCCUGCCUCUGGUCAUUGGAACCAUUCCUCUCCACCCCUUUGGUUCCCGUACUUCCAGUGUCAGCAGCCAGUGCAGCAUGAGCUGGCUGGGCAUGGGUCUGCCAGAGAGACCUGAAGCUCCUCCAAGCUAUGCAGAAAUUGUGACAGAAGAGCAGAGGCAGAGCAGCCUUGAUGUCCCCGCCGACCGUGAGGAUCUGGACGGACCUCUCUUUGCCUAUAUUCAUGAAUUCCGUUUCCAGCCACCUCCUCUAUACUCUGAGAUUGAUCCUCAUCCAGAUCAUGCCAGGCGCACUGAGGAGCGCAGACUCGAUGCCUGUCCUUCUCGCUGAAGGGUGUCUUUAAGAAUUCUCCUGACCAUCGCAGUAACCCAUUUCCGGGGCUCAUCUUUGUUUGUACAUCUCCAACAGCGGCAUUGGUGCUAUGCUGUUGAUAGUGGUGAAGUAAACAAAGUCCAUGACCAACCAACAGAAUUUUGGACAAAUAACUACAGUUGAGUUUGGUGGACAGAUCUGUUUCUGCCCUCCCUUAGUGGCACAAACAGGAACUAUAAGUGUAGGGCUAUACCCUUUUUCCUGUUUUAGCCUGCUGAGGGUGGGAUGUGUGCAGAUAAACACAUUCAGUAUGUACGAGAUGAGGAAAAAUCACCCAAAUAGCCAGUUUCGCAUUGACAUAAAGGAAAAGGUCACAGAGGCCCCGGCCCACCACGCUUCUCUCUCCCUAUCUCUCUGUCACCCUUGAUUCUUCUGCAGUCAUGGCACAUAUGGACUCACACAAAGGGCUGGAUGAAUCCUGUCCAGGCUGAAUCAUGGAAACGGAGAGCGAAAAAUAACAACGUUCUAACCACCAUAGUCCAUAUUAAUGGAAGUUUUUCACAAAGGCAGUGGUGACAAGAGGAAAGACUAGGUCCUCCUGCCUCAUAGGGAUUUUGUUUUGCACAUUCUAUUCUUUACUUGACUUGUGUGACUCUUUAAUUAUCUUUAAUUAUAUAUGUUAAAAAUCACUAAUAGUUUGGUUUCAACCUUUGUAACCACCUGAUUGAGACAGUGGGCUAACUUUUAGGACUUCACUUAAGUGAGAACAGAAUUUGUUUUUUUUUGGGGGGGAGGGGGUGAAAGGUCAAGAACAAUGCACUGAAUUUGUUUUAAGAGUUUUUCUUUCUCCUUAUGACAUUUCUCAGUGACCCACAACAACUAGACUGGACUUUUACAACAACUGCAGCACACUAUUUUCAUCUGGAAUCUUUCUUUGAAGUAUAUUGCCUUCUAAGCUUGGAUCCACGUGUGGGUUCCCUCUGUUGUUUUAGUUUAGUUGUUAUUGUUGUUGUAUUUAGCUCCAAUCAUAUUUUUUUGUGUUGUGGUUGCCCAAGAUUUGAACUAGGAGGGUUACAGACCUACUUUUUCACUUAAGUUGUAGCAGACAAGGUUUGUUUUUACUUUUGUGUAAAUGAUAGUGGCACAUUAUGGAGGGACUCCCCUCAUCCUCAUGGCCUGCACCCCCUCUACUCGUAAUCUCAGGGCAAGCCAAUUUUGCAUUACUGCUCAAAAAGCACUGUCUCAGGUGGUCUCAUAUGUCAUACAGUUGGUGAAAAGAGAAAUAAAUGUAAUAGGUUUUUCAUUUAAGUUGCACUGUUUAGAAAAGUACUUUUUUUUUCAUUUACUAAAACUGAGAUGAGACGUGGAGAUGCAAGGCAGCUUUCUGAGAUGAUUCACAUUCCCUUUUGUCCUGCUGCACUCACCUUAGUUUAUCCACCCACUAGUAAGACUUUUUUUUUCAGACCGGUGAAACCAGAAUGCUCCGUUUAAAAAAAUAAAAGAGGAAAUGUUGAAAAUGGUUGAAUUGUAUUGCUUCUGCAAAACAGAAGCAAACCCAGCAUAUGUAAAAAGCUGAGGACGUAGCUAGGGACUUCUGUUAAGACUGGUCAGAACAAGUAGAAGUAGGAGUAAAAGUAGGUUGAAACGAGUAAUACAUUGGUUUUCUAACUCGCUCAACAACAACCAGACCAGCUAUAACAGAGGUUUUGUCAUAGUAAGCAAAAAAGCAGCACUUUUCUGAUAAGAAGAAAAAGUAGCAUUGUACUGGUGAAGGUCUAAGGUAAACAUUUGUAGGACAUAAAUGCAUUGUUAACUUUUUUUUCUAAGGAUUAACCUUUUUUUAAGUUUACAUUAAAACGUAGCUGACUCAAGUUGGUGUGUGUGUGUGUGUGUGUGCAUGAUCCUACAGAGAUCCAGCUGGCAACUACUAAAUAUUCAGCUUCUGCCAGCAAUUGAACUGCAGAUAAUUAAAGUGAUCUUAUUUUAUUAGUGGCCUUGAUACAGAACAGACCUGAUCUUGUCUACGUUAACUCUGACUCUUCACCUUUUCUGCUUGUUCACAUGUACAUGUUUUACACUUUGGAGUGUUUAUCAAAAAAGGACAAAAAGGGAAGAGGUAAACAGUCCUGUCUUUUUAUUUUAAAUAAUCAACACCCUGGUCAGGUUUCUCAGUUAAUUUACUGAGGCUGAUGAGGGUCGAAAUUUGUUUCUUUCACCACAUAUUUUAUGGCAUUAAUACGUGAUGAAAAAUCUCGAGUUGUUUCUUUUCCUACCUGUUCACCCUCAGGCCUGUGGUUGGUAGCUGUCGACCACUGCCCCUUCCCCAUGAGAGUCAUUUAAGUAACACAGGACAACAGAUAGACUGCUUCUUCCACAUCAGUACAAACCUCCUGCGAGCCUGCCCUAAUCUUUCACAUAGUAUCAUAGGAGAAACCUAACAAAAAUACGCAGUAAUAAAUAAGCUCAUGUUUGUUUUAGGUUCUGUUAAUUCCAUACAGCCUGGUGGCUUCGGGACGAAAAGUAGUCUGGUGUCAAAACUAAGCUAAACUCCUGAUCUGUUAAAGGCAGGAUCUGAAAUGUUCAGAGAUAUGAAAGAAAGAACCCACAGAAUGGGAUCUGAAACAUUUUAGAAACAAAGUGCAAUAUGACCCACUGAAUUUUUGUUGUUUUCCAUUUGUAUGUUUAUCCAUGUAUAUUAUUUUUCCUCUGUUAAUCAUGACGGCGGAUAGAUAUUCUAUGAAUAUACUAUGUACUGAGUGAAUUAACAUUUGUGUAGUUCUUCCGUUUGAUUUGAAUAAACCUUUUAGUUUGAAAUGACAAA